AAAGGUGUUUGGAAUGAAUUUGGAACCAAAUUAACGAACGAGCUCGAAUGAAAAUAGCUUAAAAGUGCUAUUAAACGAUUUUUUUUAGCUAUUCAUGUUUUUAAAUAAGUUAAAAUGAGAGUGCUGUAUUGUUUACUUUUUGUUUGUAUCGCUGUAGCGAGUGUAAAAUGUUUGCCUACAAAUCCAACACGGCGGGAUGAAACGAGUAUAUCCGUUCAACCUAUUAAUUAUAAUACAUAUGAUUUUGAAGCAGCAAUAAGAGACGUAGUCAGGAAAUAUAAAGAUAACCAAAAGAAAGAAAGAAAAGAAUUGGAAAAAGAAAGGAAAAAGCUUCAAUCAAAAAUAAAGGAAUUAAGAUUAAAAUUCAACAACAUUUAUGAUAUCGACGACGAUUCUGGUGAAUCAUCAGAAAAAGAAGAAGAAAUAAGAAAUGCAGUAGAAAAAUUACGAGUCCUCCAAAGGAAUUUCGAAAUUAAACAAAAGAAAAGCCGAAGGAUAUUAGAAGAAGAAAAAAGAAAAAUACGAAACCAACAAGAAGUCAGUUUAAGACAACUGAAACAAAAUAAGGCAGUUGAACAUGAAGUAAAUUCAGUAUAUAUUCAAGUAUUGCAGGCCCAGCUUGAUGAAGAAAUUAAAAGAAUGGAUCAAGCUUCGCAAUGGUUAAGUUAUAUACAUUUCCCAUGGGCAGCCAUCGCUCAGCACAACGUUGAGGCGAGAAAAAUUCAAUUGAAGUCCGUUUCUAAUUCAUUACCAGCUUGGAUAAAUGGAGCCAGCUCUGUAGCUGUGAAUGUUGUUGCACCUUCUGCCCAUGUACCUAGCUAUAUACCCGCUGAUGCAGUUGUGCCCUCUGCCAAUGUACCCGGUUCUAUAUCCACUGAUACAAGAGCAUCCUCUGCUGUUGUAUCAAGCUCUGUACCAGCUGUAUCAUCUUCGGAUGCUUCUAGCUCUACAUCCGCUAAAGCAGCUGCACCCUCUGCUGAUGCAUCAAGCCCUGCACCCACUGACGCAGCUGCGCUCUCUGCCGAUGCCUCCACCUCUAUAGUUACUGAUUCAGCUGCCUCUUCAGCUGAUGCCUCCAGUUCUGUAGCCGCUGAUUCAGAUGUACUUUCUGACGCCGACGCCUUAGUCGAUACUACAGACUCUGUGACUGAGGUUGCUGCACCCAGCGUCGAUGCCACCGACUCUGCAGUGACAGAAGUUGCUGCACCCAGCGUCGAUCUCGCCGACUCUGCUGUGACUGAGGUUGCUGCACCCAGCGUCGAUCUCGCCGACUCUGCUGUGACUGAGGUUGCUGUACCCAGCGUCGAUGCCGCCAACUCUGCUGUGAUUGGGGUUGCUGCACCCAGCGUUAAUACCGCCGACUCGGCAGUGACUGAGGUUGCUGCAUCCAGCGUCGAUGCCGCCGACUCUGCUGUGACUGAGGUUGCUGUACCUAGCGUCGAUGCCGCCGACUCUGCUGUGACUGAGGUUGCUGCACCCAGCGUCGUUGCCGCCGACUCUGCAGUGACUGAGGUUGCUUCACCCAGCGUCGAUGCCGCCGACUCUGCAGUGACUGAGGUUGCUGCAUCCAGCGUCGAUGCCGCCGACUCUGCAGUGACUGAGGUUGCUGCACCCAGCGUCGAUGCCGCCGACUCUGCAGUAACUGAGGUUGCUGCACCCAGCGUCGAUGCCGCUGACUCUGCAGUGACUGAGGUUGCUGUACUCAGCGUUAAUACCGCCGACUCUGCAGUGACUGAGGUUGCUGCACCCAGCGACGAUGUCGGCGACUCUGCUGUGACUGAGGUUGCUGCAUCCAGCGUCGAUGCCGCCGACUCUGCUGUGACUGAGGUUGCUGCACCUAGCGUCGAUGCCGCCGACUCUGCUGUGACUGAGGUUGCUGCACCUAGCGUCGAUGCCGCCGACUCUGCUGUGACUGAGGUUGCUGCACCCAGCGUCGUUACCGCCGACUCUGCAGUGACUGAGGUUUCUGCACCCAGCGUCGAUGCCGCCGACUCUGCAGUAACUGAGGUUGCUGCACCCAGCGUCGAUGCCGCUGACUCUGCAGUGACUGAGGUUGCUGUACUCAGCGUUAAUACCGCCGACUCUGCAGUGACUGAGGUUGCUGCACCCAGCGACGAUGUCGGUGACUCUGCUGUGACUGAGGUUGCUGCAUCCAGCGUCGAUGCCGCCGACUCUGCAGUGACUGAGGUUGCUGCACCCAGCGUCAACGCCGCCGACUCUGCAGUGACUGAGGUUGCUACACCCAUCGUCGAUACCGCCAACUCUGAUGUGACUGAGGUUGCUGCACCCAGCGUCGAUGCCGCCAACUCUGCUGUGAUUGGGGUUGCUGCACUCAGCGUUAAUACCGCCGACUCUGCAGUGACUGAGGUUGCUGCACCCAGCGUCGAUCUCGGCGACUCUGAUGUGACUGAAGUUGCUGCAUCCAGCGUCGAUGCCGCCGAAUCUGCAGUGACUGAGGUUGCUGCACCCAGCGUCGAUGCCGCCGACUCUGUAGUAACAGAGGUUGCUGCACCCAGCGUCGAUGCUGCAGACUCUACUGUGACUGAAGUUGUUGCACCAACUAUAGACAACGCUUCAAAUAUCAUUUAAGAAUUAUCAAUUGAAAACUGUUCGAAUGAAAGUAAAGUCUCUAUGAACGUGAUAAGUUCUAGCAAAGUUUUUGAGAAUAUUUUAGCUUGUUGAAGACAUUCAUGCAAUGCAUGGUGUAUAUAAAACUAGUUAAUGAAAUAAAUAUAAACAAUGAUUUCUA